AUGAAGCUGUUUGUAGUGGCUUUGACUUUGUUGGGACUGGUGGGAACGGUCGUUGGAGAUACUAACGCCACAACUACGGGAUACUGGUAAGAAGAGGGGAGGUCUUACAGAGUAUUACGUUAUCGUCGCAAAACAAUGAUAGCAUGGCAAGGCGUAUAUUUUUUGAAAGCUUCUUAAAUCAUCCCAAUUUAAUUCCAGGGACUGUUGCAAGCCCUCAUGUGCCUGGCCGGGGAAAGCCUCACUAAAAACCAGACCUUCUCUUGCCUGCGAUAUCCAUGAUAAACCAAUCCAGGACGCGAACGCCUGGUCCGGCUGCGGCGAUAACGGCGUCGCAUACAUGUGCUCCCAUGAGCAGCCUUGGGCCAUCAACAAAACCUUGGCCUACGGAUUUGCUGCUGUGAAAAUCGCCGGCCAAGACGAGAGCGGAUGGUGUUGCGCUUGCUAUGAGCUGACCUUCACCGAGGGCCCAGUGAAGGGAAAGAAAUUCGUGGUUCAAGUGAGUUAUGCGGGCUUCAUCAUUUCCCAAGUUAUACUCUCAGACCAAAGUCCUUAGAAAUUUGCACUGUGUGGGUUUUCCGUGUCGCUGCGAAAAUCGCGAAAGAAGUGCUUUGCACGUUGCAAUUGACCCACGAACAACGUUUGCAUCGCUUGUGAAUCCCAUUUUUCGCACGCUGUCGCCAACAAGUCAUUUUUCAGAGUGCGACAUAAUUCGGGGGCGUGAUAAUCUCAAAAAACUCAGGAGUUAUUGAAGCGAGACUAUUGUCAAAAUAAGCCUUUCAAGUUAACCUUGUCCGCACAAGGUUAACUUGAAAGCACAUAAGCUCGUUUCCUUUCCAAAAUUCUCCAUUUCAGGCGACCAACACCGGCGGCGAUCUCCAAGACAACCACUUCGACAUGGCGAUUCCCGGCUGUGGAGUCGGCUACCUGAAUGGCUGUACCGCCGAGUACAACGCGCCGCCAGACGGCUGGGGAAAGCGUUAUGGCGGGAUCAGUCAGGAGAGCGAAUGCAGCGAGCUGCCAAAGAAACUGCAGCCAGGCUGCAAAUGGCGCUGGGAUUGGUAUUUGGGGGCGCAGAUCCCGGACGUCACCUUCAAACGUGUCAAAUGCCCCAAGGCUAUCACGGACAAGAGUCAAUGCAUUCGGGCCGAUGAGGACAGCUUCUCCGGAUAA